AUGGAAUUUCACGAGUUUGCGAGUAUUAGAAAUGUCGCCAGCUUUGAAUGAGGUCGAAUUGCGAAGUAGCAGUUGUAGUAGUAGUGUUACGCAAUUUUCUAUCAUGUCGGGACACGUCGGAGAUCCGGUGAUGACGACUUUCGGCGCCAUCAUUGACGGAAACGCUAAUCGAUAACAGUGCGGAUGUGACCCCCUCCCCCGUAAAAAAAAAGGCGAAUUGUCUUGCCAAGAAAAAAAAAAAAGGAAGAAAAGAAAAAAAAAAAGUGAGAUUAGGGUGGAGAUAAUUCGAGUGACGUCGCGUGACUUUAACAUUGAGAAACUCACGCGUCGGUAACGCCCUGGUGAUUCGUCGCGUCACUGCGGGAUUUAAGGCCUCGUCGAUCAGCUUCCAGCAUUUUUCAUUUGUUCUCGGUCGUUAUUCUCCGUUGACCAGCCCAAACCAGAAAACAAAAUUUAUGCAGUACGCCAUUGCCAUACUGUCAUUUUUCGCCCAGAAACCUACUAGCCCAAUAAUUGGACGAUUAUACAUUUUUAGCUGUUUGUUGUUUCUUUGAACAAAAGAACAGCGAAAGAAACUGAUUAAAUACAGUAAGGUAAGCUUAGACGGGCAGAAACCGGAGAGGAGAGCAGAAAAUGCCGGCUGAUAACGAAUUGACUGCCAAGCUGACGCGACGCUUAGACCGAAACGAAGCACUCGAGCAGGGCCAGCAAGUAACCAAUACCUACCGCACAACUGGUAUCAGCAUCUACAGCGAAUUCUCCGAGUUCAGUCGCAAGCAGAUCAAAGAAUACGAAAAAGCUUUCAAAAAGUAUGACGCCGGCGGCGAUGGAUACCUGGAUCUUGAAGAACUCAAGGUGACCAUGGAAAGGUUGGCUGCCCCACAGACCCACUUAAGUCUUAAAGCUAUGAUCAAAGAAGUCGAUGAAGACCAAGACGGGAAGCUCAGCUUCAGAGAGUUCCUGUUGGUGUUCCGCAAGGCUGCCGCCGGAGAACUACCAGAAGAUUCCGGAUUAUGCCGUUUAGCAGCGCUGACGGAUAUUGAUGUCGGUCAAGUCGGAGUUAAUGGAGCCGCCAACUUUUUCGAAUCAAAGAUUGAAGAAUUAACCAAAACAAGCAAAUUCGAGGCGGAGAUUCGGGAGGAACAAGAGAUGAAAAAGCGUGAAUUGGAACUGAAAAAAUUACGUCAAGCCGAGUUCAAAGAAAAAGCCUCGCUUUUUAGCCAACAAAACUGAAAUAGACCUUCCAGAAUAGCAACGCACUGAUGUUUGGCCGUCCGCAUAAUAAUGUUGCACUAUUUUUUUGUCGUCGGUAUGUACUAGAAAUGUAACUUUGAUAGAUCGAAAUAUCGCACCUCUCCAUCACCGCGGCCACAGUAAUCGAAACAAUGAAAUUUUUUAACUUUUUAAAUAACUUGAAUGUUCAUUAACUAACUAGUCUUAUAUGCAUGUGUAUUCUCAUUUUAAAAAAAAGCAAAAUCUUCCGUUCAUCUUUUCCCGAUUUUGCCGCCUUUUUGCUUAUGCCGUGAACAUUUCUGCUGACCUGAAGUUUUAUAAACGGGAUUAUAAUACAUGGAUCUUUAAUUUG